AUGGAACCAUCUGUUAUGUCAGAUCCAACUUUAGGACUUUGUUAUCCACCUUUAUCACUUUGUUGUUUGCCAUCGACUAGUUUUUCAUCUCCGAUUCUUACUCAUUUAAAUAUCAAUGUCGAAACUUUUGAUGAUUGUCUUUAUUUACUUGAUGGUCGAUUUAGAAAAUUGACAACAUUGUCUGUUAAUGUCUAUCAUAUGGAUAGAUUUUCAGAAACUGUUCACAAUAUGGAUAAAUUAUUGAAUCUAAAAUGUUUCUCAUUAAAAUCGUCUUAUUCAUUUCAUCAAUAUGAUAAAAUUAUAUUACAUUUUCGUCGUAUGUCAAAUUUGGAAAAGUUAACUCUAAAUAUUUCUAUAGACGAUCGAAAUAGAGUCAUUGGUGGUACUUAUGUUCAACGUGCUAUUUUGAAUUAUAUGCCACAACUUCGUUCAUUCACGUUCUAUAUUUGUACUUAUGUUGGUCCAAUUGCUACUUUACCCUACAAGUUAUCUAGUGAAGAUAUUCAACUAACAUUAACAAAUAGUGGACAACAACAUGUCACUAGUAUGAUCAAUUAUAUUACUAGUAGUGUCAAUUUUGUUUUUGGCAUCAGAGCUGUAUGUUCAAUUUUCUCACUUCCUUUUAAAUUUGAUUAUCUUCGAGAUCUUGGCAAUACAUUUCCAAAUAUUGUAUUCAGUUAUGUUACCUAUUUACUUAUACAAGAUAUUACUCCAUUCGAACAUGAAUUCUUCAUGCGAAUCGCCCGAUCGUUUCCGUUACUGAAGCAUUUAUGUAUUCGGAAUAGAGAAUCACAAAAAUUGGAUGGUCUUAUGUCAUUUUCAUCUGACAAAUAUCAAUUACACUCAAUUAUUGAAUAUCCCCAUCUGACUAUACUUGAUGUCAGAUUUGGACAUGCAGAUUAUGUUGAACAGUUUCUAAAUGAAACAAAAACAUGUGUACCUUGUCUGACAGAAUUUGAAGUCUGUGUUGAUCACUUAAAAGCUAUAACAAAAGAUUUUACAAGGGAAAAAACACGACGCAAUUGUUCUAAGGUGAAAAAAAUACAUACGACAGGGGGUAUGGUACAUUGGGAAGAUUUAUGUCUUUAUUUUCCUUCAUUGUAUAAGUAG